AUGCUCAAACCCAAAACAAGCAACCCAAACAGUAUUAAAUUGUUUAAUUUAGACAAGAUUACUGGAUGCAAGGUUGAAGGUCAAAUAAAACAAAAGAUGACCAUAAAUGAAACUAAAUUAUAAGGAAUUACAGAAUCAAAUUAAUAAGAUAUUUUCAUGGCCAGCAAAUUAAAUCCUAGUCAAAUAGUUACACCUAACAAAAUUAAGAAAAAGAAGAAGAAAAAAUCUAAGAAAUCUUCAUAGAAAUCAAAAACUGAAAUACAAAAAAGUGGUUUUAAAACAAAAAAGUCUAUUUCAUAAGUUAUUCCAUGGGGUGUUAAUUAGCAAAGAUUACGUAAUUACAUAAUAGCUGAAUAACAAAAAUAUUUUAAUGCGAUGUAACGUCGAAAUACAAGAACAACUGUUGACCUUAAAGAAAGGAGAUAAUAAAUUGGCACAUCAUUUUUAAACCAAUAAGCAGAUAAGAAUAUUAAGUCUAUGAUUAAAAGUAAUAUGAUUUAUUAAGCUAGAGAAAAAAUCAUUUCAUGAUGAGAAUCAAUCUAAUAAAAAAUAAAAAAUAUCAACUGCUUUACAAUAAUAAUACAAAAAGUUAGUAAAUAAACCUAAAAAUUUGAACAUUGUACAUAAUCGAUUGAAAAUGAGUUAAAUACACUAUCCUAGUCCUGCUUAAAAUAUAUAAAAAAGGAAUAGAAGUCUAUCAUAAGGUUAACAUAAUAAACCAAUUUAAAAUAAUAGAAUAAGAACAGGUUCUCUUCAUGAGAAGACUGGUACCUUAUUUGAAGCAUCUAAUUUAUAAUUAAAAUUCAAUAAAGGUUAGAAACAAAAAAGAAUAGUUUUAUAAUAUUAAAAUAUUGAUGAGAAUUUACUAAAUAAUAAUAAACUAGUAUGUAAUUCAUCAAAACCUCAUUCAUCUCUAUAUAAAUUUAUGAGUAAUUCAAGCAAUAAUAAUAUUCCUAAUGAUAGUGAAGGAGAAUAAAAUAUUUAAGAUUUGGAUGAUAGUUUUUAUAGUUAAAAAAAUAUUCUAGAUACUUAUUCUGAUAAAGAAGAAGCUUAAUAAAUUGAAGAAAAAAACAUAUUUUAAUGUUCUUAUCCUGAAAAUUAUAAUGAAGAGUAUUAAAUAAAAUAAGAAAAUUGUAAGAAGAUUACUUUACCUUAGAAUAAUUAGUCUUUUGAAAAUUAGGCUGCAUUGAUCAUUUAAAAAAUAUGGAAAGGAUAUAAAGUACGAAAGAUGAUUUUCGAAUCUAAAUUUUAAUAAAAAAUAGACAUUAAUAAAACUAAAGAUGGAUUAAAUUUAUAAAGUUUAACCAAAUCUCAAAUUAAUAAAUUAAUUAAAUUUGGAUUUCUCAAAAAAGGUUCAAUAGAUAAUUCUUAGCUUAUAGAUGAAUCUAGCUUUUUAAGUCAUUCUAGACCCAAUUCUUAAAUAGAUAAUUAAAAAGAAAUAAAAAAAAAUAUUGAAACAAAUUAAUAUUAAAGAUUUAUAGAAAACUUUUAAGAUGAUAUUGAUUGCAAACCAAAUUAGUCUAAUCAAUUGAAUUAAGUUUCAAAUAAAUUUAAAAAUAUGUAGUUACAAAUUAUAUCUGAGCAUACUCCUGAAAAAAUUAAGAAAUCAUAUUAAAAUUCUCAAGAUGAAUCUAUUGGGAAUUAAAAAUCAAGAAAAAUUAGUAAAUUAUCAAUAGAUGUUGAAGAGUAAGAGGAAGAGAAUAAGGUUGAUAUUGGAGAAAUUAGAUGUGCUUUUGGUUCAGAAUCAUUAUUAAAGAGUCUUUCAUAAGAAGGUGAAUAAUCAUUUUAGUAAGAUAAAGGAUUGUUUGAAUAAACAUCAUUCUAAGACUUUGUUAUGAAUAAAUUUAAAGAACUUAUGUAGAGAGACAAGAUGGAUUAAUUAAUUGCUUUAAGAGAAGAAGCAGUUUAAUAAAGAUAAUAAUAAUCUUUAAAGUAAAUUGAUAAAGCUUUUUAAAAUAAUUAAAUAUCCCCUAGAACAUUUGAAGUUUAAUAAAAGAAAAUAGAGAAAUGGGUAAAUAAAUAAAAAACAGAUUUAGAGUAAAAAAAGAGAGAAAUUCUUAAAGGAUAAUAAAGUGUAUUUGAUGCAAUAGUAAAAACUUAAAGAGAUUUAUAAUUUGUAAAAUAAAUGAUGUCCUCAUAAAAUUCAUAAACAUAUAUAAAAAUAGUUGAUACAUUAAGUUAAGAAUCUGUAAACUUUUCUGAAAAUUCUUUAAAAAAUUCAAUAAUAGAUAUUUAAAUAUCAAAUUCUUAAAUGUAGUAAUCUUUAUAAGAUGAUAAAAAUAAGAUAUAUGAUGAUGUAGUUACAAUAUAGAGAAAAAGUAAUAAUAUAUUAGAAGAGAAAGAAUUAAUUUGUCCUGAACCAUUUAAUCUAAAAAAACUAGCCUAAUCUUAAUUUGUAAGAAAUGUUGAACAAUUAAAAGAACCAUAAAAGAUAUCAGAUAAAUGUGCUGAUUCUUAUUCUAUUUUGAUUUCAAAUAUGUUAAUAUAAGAGGAAGUAAAUACUUUUUAUACAGAAAUGCAAAGAUAUGGAAUAGAUUUAUAUGAAAUAAUCAACAAAUCUUAAUUAAAUACAAAAAAUUAAAUAGUUUAGCCAAAAGAGCAAAAGAUUUAGGGAUUGAAAACAAAUGUUGCUUAAAUUAAAUAAUAUCUCAAAUAUUUGGAAGAUUAUUUAAUAGGUAAAAUAAUUAAUAAUAUAUAAUUUUAGAUAAUGUAAUGAUUUAAAUUUAGAGAGUUAUCAAUUUACCAUUGGGUCCAUCAUCAAAAUUAAUGCUUAAAUUUCUUUAACCAAUUCGAGAUUCAGCAGAGUCAGAUUUUGAUUCAAAUGGAAAUUAGCAUUAAAUAAUUCUAAGUGUAGAGUUAUUUGGUAAAUUUGAAAGAUAUUUAAUGGAAUAAAGAAUUAUUAACCAUCAAAAUAAACUAAUAAUUGAAUUAGAACAUAUUCAUAAUAAAGCAAUCUUUGAUUCUUUAACUGAAGCACUUGAUUAUUUUAGACCAUAUGGUCUAAUUGGAUAACCAUUUUUAUGGAAAUCUGAUCCAACUAGAUUAAGAGCAAGGGAAAUUUAAUUGACUGAUAUUCCUUAAAUUAUUAGGAAAGCUUCAGAAAAAGUCAUAGAUUGGAGUCAUUAUAUGACAGGGAUAUUGGUUGAUAAAGAGGAUUCACCAUUUCCAAAAUCUAUGUAAUUAGAUUAAGAAACCAUAGCAUAAAUAAGAGAAGAUAGACUCUAUAGAAUGUUAACAUUAGAUGUAUAAUUUAAAUUUGAGAAUUGUAGAUUAUAGAUAAUGAAGAUAAAUGGACAAAUUAUGAUGAAGAGACUACAGAAAUCUCAAUAGAUUUAUCAGAUCUAUUAUUUGAUUAUCUUAUUGAAGAAGUAGCAUAUGAGAUGUUUAAGAAAUGA